AACGCUGCGUUUGGUUGUCAAAACAAAACGAAUCGCAGUCUGCCGCGACGGGGAAAAUUGCUAGUUUUCUACAAAAGAAAAGUUUUUCCAGCUGCUUGUACCGAUUGUUUCCAUAAAAAUCUGAUAUCCGUGAUAAUCAAGCAAAAAGGGUUGCAGGAUUUGAAGCGCAUACAUUGUACUUUCGUUGAAUAAAAGAAGAAAAUGUCGCAAGAAGUGGAGGAAACUCUAAAGCGCAUCCAAUCGCACAAAGGCGUCGUAGGAACGAUUGUGGUCAACAAUGAAGGAAUUCCAGUGAAAAGUACCCUCGACAACACGUCCACCGUGCAGUACGCUGGGUUGAUGAGCCAGCUGUCCGACAAGGCCCGGUCGGUGGUCCGUGAUCUGGAUCCGUCGAACGAUCUCUCUUUUCUACGGGUGCGGUCCAAAAAGCACGAAAUCAUGGUCGCUCCCGAUAAGGACUUUCUGCUGAUCGUCAUCCAAAAUCCGACGGACUGAGGUACUCGUGCGUGCGCGGUGGUGAUGCUGCUACUGCGAGGCAGCUGGCUUGUGUGGCGUAUAUUUUUCCUUUUUUUGUUCUAUUUUAUCGUGCGUGUUGGCAACAACGCUUCAAAUGGAUUGUCUGAGUGUAUGUGCGUCCUGGUCCGGGGACGAUUUAAUUUAAAUGUAGCAAAAGAUGCAUAAUACAGACUCAAUGAAUUGAUAUGUAA